AAGUAUAUAUACACGUAUUAGUACAUUACUUAACCCCAACCCCCAUCAAAUUAUGCAAAGCAAAUAAGUAACGCGUAGUGUAUUUCACCUUCUCAAACCAAGCCCAUAAUCUACAACUAUACGAUACUACUUCUACGGCUACACCGUACACGUAUACAAACAGUCAACAUAAAUAUAUACUUAUCUCAAAAUUCAUUUAUAUCCAAUGAAGAUUAUUCAAGUGUCACAUUUUUCAGCUUUUUAAUUUUCCUCGGUAAGAUAAGCAAGUUGAAUGUAUUAGCGUGGAUCCAACGUGGCGAUAGAACUAGUUGGACCAAAAAAGUAAUAAAAUAUUAUUUAUUUAAUAGCUUGAAAAAGUUGAAAACAGAGUAUGAUAAUAUAAUAGCUCAUGUUAAUAAAUUCUUUGACGAGAAAGAGGAACAUGUUAACAACAAUGGUGUUCAAUAACAAUUCAUGUUCCUCUUUUCCUAUAAAUACCAAAUCUCAUUUUCUUUCACAACAACAACAUCACAAAUUCCUUUCACACAUUCAUAACCAUAACCAUAAUCAUAUUUAUAAUUCAACUAUACUAAAAUAUCUCAAACACAAAAAUCAACUCUCAAAUUCUGGUACACACAUUUUUACAAAACACUAUUCAAAAUCAAAUCCAACAUUUCCUUUCAUUUCUUCUUUUAAGAAAACAGAGGCUGAGUUUGAAGAAAUGACGAUCAAAGCAACCGUUAGAGUUUCCGACGGGAAACUGAUGGUAAAAGAUCGGACAAUUCUAACCGGAGUAUCAGAAAACGUGACGGAGACAUCGGCGGCGACAACCGGACCGGUGAACGGAGUAUUUCUAGGAGUAGAAACAGAAAAAGAAGAAAGCAGACACGUGGUAUCACUCGGAAAAUUAACAGACGUUAGAUUCAUGGCAUGUUUCCGUUUCAAGUUAUGGUGGAUGGCACAAAAAAUGGGAGAAAACGGUAACGAAAUUCCGUUAGAAACUCAAUUCUUAUUGGUUGAAUCCAAAAGUGGAUCAAGUGGGUCCCACCUUGAUGAUUCUGAUAUCAUAUACACAAUUUUUCUUCCUCUUGUUGAAGGAUCAUUUAGAGCGUGUCUUCAAGGAAACGCUGUUAAUAAUAAUGUUGAACUUUGUUUAGAAAGUGGCGAUGUUGAUACUAAAACGUCGUCGUUUUCUCAUGCUUUGUUUAUUAGUUCUGGUACUGAUCCAUUUGCUACUAUUCAUAAUGCAUUUGCAACGGUGAGGAAUCAUCUUAAGACGUUCCGGCUCCGGCAUGAGAAGAAGCUUCCUGGAAUUGUGGAUUACUUUGGGUGGUGUACUUGGGAUGCUUUUUAUCAGGAGGUUACACAGGAAGGGGUUGAGGAUGGUUUACAGUCUUUGGUUGGCGGUGGAGCGCCGCCGAAGUUUGUUAUUAUUGACGACGGUUGGCAGUCUGUGGCCAGCGAUAAUGAGGAUGCUUCGUCGUUGCAGAGGCUUACGGGGAUAAAAGAAAACCCUAAGUUUCAGAAUAAGGAGGAUCCUGAAUUGGGGAUAAAGAGCAUUGUGGAUAUUGCUAAAGAAAAGCAUGGUGUGAAAUUUGUUUAUGUUUGGCAUGCUAUAACCGGUUAUUGGGGCGGGGUUAGGCCGGGUUUGAAGGAGACUGAGGAGUAUGGUUCGGUGAUGAGUUACCCUGAGAUUUCAAAGGGAGUUAGAGAGAACGAACCGACAUGGAAAACAGAUCCGUUAGCGGUUCAGGGUUUGGGUUUAGUGAACCCUAAGAAGGUUUUCAGGUUUUAUGAUAAUUUACAUAAGUAUCUAUCGUUGGCCGGUAUUGAUGGUGUUAAAGUUGAUGUGCAGUGUAUUUUGGAGACGCUCGGUGCGGGUUUGGGUGGUAGAGUUGAAAUUACUAAACAGUAUCAUCAGGCUUUAGAUGCUUCUAUUUCUAGAAACUUCUCGGAUAACGGUUGCAUUGCCUGUAUGAGUCAUAAUACUGAUGCCUUAUACUAUUCGAAACAAACAGCUGUUGUUAGAGCUUCUGAUGAUUUCUAUCCGCGUGAUCCGGUUUCACAUACGAUCCACAUUGCUUCUGUUGCAUACAAUAGUAUUUUCCUUGGGGAGAUUAUGCAGCCAGAUUGGGAUAUGUUUCACUCGCUACAUCCUGCGGCUGAGUAUCAUGCUUCAGCCCGGGCUAUUAGUGGUGGACCUGUUUAUGUUAGUGAUAAGCCUGGGAAUCAUGAUUUUGAUUUGUUGAAAAAGAUGGUGUUGCCGGAUGGGUCUGUGUUACGUGCCCGGUUGCCUGGAAGGCCUACCGCGGAUUGUUUGUUUAAUGAUCCUGCUCGUGACGGGGUAAGUUUGCUUAAGAUAUGGAACAUGAAUGCUUAUGGUGGUGUGCUUGGAGUGUAUAACUGUCAAGGUGCUGCCUGGUCUGCUACUGAGAGGAAGAAUGCUUUUCACCAAACGGACUCUGCUGCUAUUACUGGAUACGUUAGAGGUCGUGAUGUUCACCUUAUCUCAGAGGCUGUUGCCGGAGACGGUGAUUGGAACGGUGACUGUGCCUUUUAUGCUCACCAUUCCGGCGAGCUUGUGGUUCUUCCUCAUAAUGUUACUAUGCCGUUGACCCUCAAGGUGUUGGAACAUGAAGUAUUCGCUGUUGCGCCUGUUAAAGUUUUGGGUGGUGGUCAUAAGUUUGCUCCUAUUGGGCUUGUGAACAUGUUCAAUGCCGGAGGAGCUGUAAAGGGACUUGUGUACGAAGAUGGUGUUGUCCGUUUGGAGAUUAAGGGGUGUGGCAAGUUUGGUGCUUAUUGUUCUGUUAGACCAACAAGGUGUUUGUUGGAAGACCGCGUUGUAGAUUUCGAGUAUGAAAGUGAUUCUGGUUUGUUGAGUUUUGCUAUAGAUUAUAUGCCAGAGGAGGGACAUGGUGUUCACCAUGUUCGGAUUGAGUUAUGACUUGGUUAAUUGUCUUGUUAGUUAGUUUUAAAGUAGCUUUGUGAUAACUAGUAUGUUUUUUGUUGUAAUACAGAGAGGUUAAGAAAAGAGUGUUCAAUAGUUUAAUUUACCACUUCUUGUGUUUUCACAUCCAUUGUUUGUAAUAGCUGUGAUUUAUUGUUGUAUCAUUCAUUAUUGGUGAACCUCAAUUUAUGAAAUUCCACAACUGAUGACUAGUAGUUCCA